CCUAGGCGUACCUCUGCACGAGAUAUUUGGUCAGUUUGCAUGAGGCAUAUUACUGUGAAUGGGAGCAAAGGAGCAAGCGAAAGACUUGAUUGCACAAAGAGAUAAGAUCGAUGCAGAGAUAGAGGAAAACUUCCAAGUUUUAAAAGAUAAUGCUUCUACUAUGGAUUCACCUCUCGUGGACAAAGAGGGUUUCCCGUUCAGUCAUAUUGAUGUAGACAGUGUUCGCCAAGCCAGACAUAACAUCAUCUGCUUGAGAAAUGAUCGAAAAAAUCUAACGGAGCAAAUUGAGAAGGCCAUACAGGACUCACAUGCAGAGAUGCGAGCAGAAGAAAGUGAUUCGAAAGAAGCGCAAAAAUCUGACGAGCAAUCAGAUUCUAACUCAAGGGAAGGUGGAGGUGAGACAAGAGUUCCAGAGAAGGCCGCAUCACCGAUAGUUCAUCGAACAUCAAAUAAGCCAUUUAUCAAAUACGGCAGCCUGCAUGCAGGUAAUUUCAAAGAAAUGAAGGAAGUGUCCACGACAACGGCCGAACACGAGGGGAGGAAAUUACGCGUAACGGUCUUACGAAAUCAUCGCGCGGCUCGGUUGGAAAUUUUCCCAAAGCGAUGGGCGGGGAACGGCAUCUUGGGUUGUGGGAUUGUGCCCAUCUCUACAAAUGAUAUCAUCUGAUGGUGAUUUGUAUGGCUCAUCAAAUCAAAUAUGGUCUAGGACAUGCGGGGCCACGUGGUCCAUCAGGCAAAAUAUUAUAAUUCCGUUAAAAAACAUUGCUAUAUAUCGCUCUAUACAGCCCAUAGGCGUUGGCGUUACACCGCCUCCUUGACCGCCGUUGUCUUGUCGAAAGUACUAAGUUACGAAUGGUGUUUUGUUGAGACCUUAUCUGCACUC